GUCCGCCAUUGUUUUUAAAGGGGCUUGGUUUAUUUCAGAAAAAGCUAGAUGAGUUUUGAUUUGAGACCCUAACCAGGGUAAUUGCAAUCAUGAGUUUUCUUAGUUCAAUCAGCAGCUAUCUGCAGCCUCAAACUGAAGGCGAUAAGCAGACAAUUGCGCAUCCGAAAUCAACAGAAGUGGAAGAAAGGGACGAGGAAGAAACAAGUUCUCCGGCGGCAGAUUGCAGUGAACAGAAGUCAGGAGUGAACAAUUUGGACGAACAGUUGAACAAAGGAGUGGACGCCGCUUACGAUUAUGGGAAGAAACUGGGAGGCUUCUUGUAUACGUUUGCAUCCACCGCCUCGCAGCAAGUGAAGACACAUGCUGACAAGCUGGUGGAGGGGACAGUACUGCAGGACUUCAACGAAGAGCGAGACAAGUUUGAAAAGGAGCAGAAAGGAGGAAGCACGGGCACUUCCCAACAGCAGAACGACGACUCCUUGUUGCCCUGGAUUGGAUUUGAAGAUGAAGAUGAAAUCAAAAGACAGGUGCUGUCUCUCUCCUCGGACGACAGGAACUUCCUCAGAGAUCCCCCGCAAGGCAUCCAGUUCAACUUCGACCUGCAGCAGAACUUCCCGGCUGCAGUGGCGUUGCUGCAGGUCGACAAGAAUCUACAGAACAUGAGGUACAAUCUGGUGCCUAAGAAGCUGAAGGAAGAUGUGUUCUGGAGGAACUACUUCUACAGAGUCACUCUCAUCACCCAGUCCGCCCACCUCAAGUGCAUGGGCGACCAAGGGAACAAAGCAGCCGCAACCACACAGGAACAGCACGCUCAUGCACAAGAGAAUCAAAAGGCCAAGGAUAGCCAAGAUACAAGAAAACAGAGAGUGCUGUCAAAUGGAUCGACCGCAGAUGACCCUCAAGAUGGUUUGAACCAGGAGGAUUUUGUCAGCGAUACCUUUGAUGCAGACCAAGAGCAGAUGGAACAGAUGCGAAAGGAGAUCGAGAGUCUCGAAAAGAAGACAGACGAGGGAUCCACCAACGUCGCCGAAUCACAAGGAGCCGACGGGAACCCUGCGGACGAUGACCUGGACGAGAUCGAAAAGGAACUGGAAGACUUGGACGCCACCGAUUUCGAAGUGGUGAAUGAUGGGGAGAACAGUGCCACCGGAAGCACCGGCGAGGAAACCGGUGCCGCUGGCUGGGAAAAUGAGUUGGAACAGAUGCUUGAAAACGAGGUGUCUAGUAGUUAGAUGGUAUGCUAGAGAAAAAGGCAAAACAAAAGUGUAGUUAGAUGGGAAUAAAACACUGAAUAUGAUGAAUCAUCCUUAACUGUAAUGAUAAUGUAAAUAUUUAGUACCCUCGGAUCUUUGAAUCGUUCGCUCUAUGGUCGGGAUUUUUACACUAGCCAGCUUGCAAGCGAAGUGUAUUAGUACGAAUCUUCUUUUUUUUCUAGCCUAACUAGCAAAUUAAAUUGUUCAAUAAAAGUGCUAACUUAUUUGGCGGAACUUUUACUAUAAUCACGAUCUGUAUCAUUGUAAACUCUCUUCUUUAUUUGUUAUUGUGAUUAUUUAAGUCUCCGUGGCUGAGUGGUUAGUGCGUGAGACGCAUAAUCCCUAGGUCGCAGAUAAAAUCCGAGACUUAAUCGAAUUUUUACUAAUUCGAGGCUUAUUUCUACUUUUUCUCAUUGCCCUUUAUAGAGCUGCUUUUUGUCGUGUUCACGCUAGUGUUUGCGAAGCGAAGCUUUGCCUCUAUGUAAAAAGUUAGUUUUAGUAUUAAGUUCACGCUUAGAAGCAUUAUUUGAUGCAAUGAUCUCAGUUGAAAUUGGGAUACCUUUCAUGCCAGAAAAACCGAAUGCCCAGAAAUAAUGUGGUCAAUGUGAAAUUUAAAAUCAGGGAAAUCGUUCAGUUUUGGCGCGUUCAAAGGGCGUUGAUUGGCUGAAAAUUUUAAAGCAUUUGAUUUGAUCCAGCUUUAAUCAGAAUAGCGCUUGCUCAAAUAAUUAUCACCUAAAUUAUCUUGGUAACGCGACAAAUCGCAACAAAAGACAACUCGUAUCAAAAGACAACUCACCAAUUUAAGGAAAGCAACUACUGGUAAAACUUGAAAAAUGAUUUAUAACAACAAAAUUUUGGUUUAAGGUAGCACGUGGGCGAUAACCGGCUCUAAGUUGUAUAAAGUCAUAGCAUCUGUUGGCAAGCACGCAACACGUUGGCACGAAUGCGGCGAUGAGUGUUUUGCGAUGUCUUUUAAUGCGAGUUUUCGCGUUACGAAUUAUCUUGACUAUAAUGCGCGAACUCAUACGGUCUAAUAAUUACAGUGCUUAUUUAAAUUAAGCGGCUUAUUGAUAAAAAAAACUUAAAAUUUCAAAACCGUUUUUCUCAAAUUGGGUUUAGAUAAGACAAACAGUGAUCAGAACAAAAUUUGUGCAGAAUUUCACCAGAAUUAACAUGGUGCAAUUUUUAUCUAAAAUUCUCAAGCUACAUUUUACCCCAAAAUGGGUCAUUUUGGCUUUUUUUAGUAAAUCAAGAAUUACGCUGAAACUAUUUAAUUAAUUUAUGAAAAGAAGCCUCUUACAGAGGCCAACAAAAUUUUAGAAGGGUUACAUUUCUUGACUAUAAGCAAAAAUAUUUUCUCUUAUACAGGUUUUCGGAGUUUUAACCCUUCUAAAAUUUUGUUGGCCUGUGUAAGAGGCUUCUUUCGAUCUAACUUUUUAAUCAAUUAAUCAGACAAUUUCAGCGUAAUUCUUGAUUAAUUAAAAAAAAUUUCCCAUUUUGGGAUAGAAUUUAGGUUGGGAAUUUCGGAGAAAAAAUUGCACCAUAUUAAUUGUGGUAAAAUUCUGAACAAUUUUUCUUCUCUUCACUUUUCAACCCAAUUUUUAAAUCUUAACCCAAUUUGAGAAAAACGGGUUUGAAUUUUCAAUUUUUAUGUCUCAUAUAUCCUAUCCGGUUAAUUUGAAUCAGCACUGUCCUCUAAUAAUUUUUAAUAACGGUCUCUACCUAGUUGUUUGGAUUUUGAAUGUUAAAGCGCAGUUGUUGUGAAUUUUCUAGUUAGUUGCGCGGUGAAUUGAGCAUUUGAAGGUGUACAACUGAACUUGGUGCAGGCUGUCAGAUACGUAAUUGGGGGUUGUUUUCUCAUGUUCAAGCAAUUCUUUUCGUUACCAGAUGAGUUAAAUAUUGUUCACACUAGAUGUCAGCUAAAUAGUUACAUUAUUGUCUCAAAUUUUAAACAUUCCAUUAUAACAAUAGUCUCUUCAUAUCA